AUGAGUGCAAAGCUAGUGCUGGUGCUAACCCUCGCCGCCCUCGCCCGCGCUGACCCCUCCGCCAGCGACGUCCUGCGGGACAUCUACCACUCCUGCCUCAAGGACUUCUCCGUGUCCUGCGUCAAGCCCAAAGCCCUCUCAUGGAUGAGCUACGUCUCCGACAAACCCCAGAUCCACAUCACCGAGGACCUCGUCCUGGUGAAGAAGCGCGACGCGGAGGAGCGUGGAGUGUCUGCGGAUGUGUUCGACAAGUUCGAAGAUUUCCUGCAAAGUCACGACUUGGUGGCUAAAGUGCCGCAGGUAUUGCAGCCAGGGGGGAUCCUCGGGGGGUUGGUGCCUAGAAGCAUGCAGCCCGAAAAUGUAAGGGUGCCUCUAGCGGUGACCGGUCGCUCUAAAAUUGUCAAGAGGGUGAUUGUGCCGUUCCUUUUGGGGCUUAAGUUCAAGGCUGCAGUUCUUGUGCCUUUGGCUCUGGCACUGAUUGCGCUGAAGACGUGGAAAGCGUUGACUUUGGGGUUGUUGUCGUUGGUGCUCACGGGGGCGCUGCUUAUUUUUAAGUUGUCGAAGCCUCAGGUGAAUUAUGAGGUUGUGCAUUUCCCUCAACACGUGGAGCACCAUGUUGAGCAUCCUCCGACCAGUGGAUGGGAUCAUCAUCCAGGGUAUGGGAGGGAGUUGACUGCGCAGGAGAUGGCGUACAAUGCCUACUUGUAAGUUUAAGGGAGUCUGUUGUUAUUUAUUGAUUAUUUAAU